CAUCUGGCUUUAGCAGCUAGCUAAACAAACAUGGCUCUGCUUCAUUAUCAGAUUACGGAUUUUAAUGAUACGUAAAGAGAUGAAAAGGCAAAAUUAUACAAAAAAAAUAAGCAACAAUGGCUUCAAAUACAAAGCCAUUAAUGAAUAUUCGGUGCGUUUUGCUUGCUUGGUUGGCUCCGUGUAGCCUUUUGUGAGCGUGUUUACACAUAGCUAGCCCUGCUGUGGGCUAAUGGAAGCUAGCAAGAUGGACCUUGGAACAAUGUUGUACAACAAUUUAAAAGAUGUUACAUGGAGCACGACGUCCUUGCCGUUGGAUCAACUUGUCAGCUCCUAUCGGUUGCCACAAAUCGUCAAGCUGGACAACGGCCAGUUAGUGGAAGGGCUCAGAGACAAUGACUACCUCUUGAUUCAUUCCUGUCGUCAGUGGACAACCAUUACUGCUCACAGUCUCGAGGAAGGACACUACGUGAUUGGACCCAAAAUAGAGAUCCCUGUUCAUUAUGAGGGUCAGUUUAAGCUACUGGAACAGGAUCGAGACGUCAAAGAGCCGGUGCAAUACUUCAGCAGUGUGGAGGAGGUGGCCAAAGCCUUCCCCGAGAGGGUUUAUGUCAUGGAAGAAAUCACAUUCAACGUUCAGAUGGCUUCAGGGGAAUGCAAUGAAGACACCGAAGUUUAUAACAUAACACUAAGCACGGGCGACGAGUUGACCCUCAUGGGCCAAGCCGAGAUCCUGUACGCCAAGACCGCGAAAGAAAAAUCGAGAUUUAACACCAUUUUUAAAAAAAUCGGCAAGCUGAACUCCAUCGGUAAGAUGGGUCGGGGAAAGAUGCCUUGCUUGAUCUGCAUGAACCAUCGCACCAACGAGAGCAUCAGCUUACCUUUCCAGUGCAAAGGCCGCUUCAGCACCUGUAGUCCGCUGGAGCUCCAGAUGCAGGACGGCGAGCACACCAUACGGAAUAUCGUGGAGAAGACCCGGUUGCCGGUGAACGUCACGGUGCCCAGCAGUCCGCCUCGCAACCAGCACGACCUCCAUCUCAUCCGAGAGGGCCAUCGCUACAAGUUGGUGAACAUCCAGACCAAGACCGUGGUCGUGUGCUGCGUUCUGCGAAGCAACAAAAUAAUCCCCGUACAUUUCCCAUUCCAUACGGCGCUACCUCGAUUUAUUAUCCCCGAGGAGCUCCUGCAAGGAGAGUUAUGGCUGGACACCAUGGUGCAUCGAUGGUUCUCCUUCUGCCAGGAGCAGUUUGACAUCGACGACUAUUCCCGUGCGGUGCGGGAUGUGCGAACAGACUGGAACGACGAGGGGAAGAGCCCGAAAAAACAGAGCAGCGGCAACGGGAAUUGCUGCGGCGGCGGGACCUCCAACGGAUGUCCCAACAGCACGCACAUUCCCAGCUCGCUAACGUACGCACGCGAUGAACUGACGCAAUCCUUCCAUCGACUCUCCGUCUGCGUUUACGGUAGCAACCUGCACGGUAACAGCGAGGUCAACUUACAGGGGUGCAUGACCUUGUGCGGCGACUGGGCUCUCCUGCCCUCCGACAGCAUUCCGACGGACACAACAGAAAACGAACACUUCCUCACAGAAACGAUGGACUCCCCAAACCAGCAAGCGUCGGUAAGAUCCGACGUUCCUUACGAGGAGCUGUGGUUGGAUCACCUGAGAAGCCAGAUUCCCAAGUCGGAAGGAAUCCGAGCUCUCAACAACGGCUGCGCGACGACCGCGUCUUAUCUCGCCACGCUUCCGACGCCGGAUGCGUCCCUCACGCCGCCGCCAGUCCCGCCCAAAUCCGAAGCUGUGAAAGAAGAAUGCCGCUUACUGAACGCACCGCCGAUUCCACCACGAAGUCUUAAACAGAUGCCAUCCGUACCCGUUCUGGCUAAGCCGCACCAGAAAGACACCCGCUCCCCAAGUCCAACCCUCUCUUAUUACUCAUCUGGACUCCACAGUAUUAGCGGAGCUUCUGACCAAGAGGCGUGUGACCCAGCGGAGCAAAGCAGCGCGUGCAACCCGUGCAACUGGACCCAGAUCAGCGGCGCCGACCCGGGUCCCGUCUCACCAAGCGGGACUUUGUCCUCCAGGCUGUCUUGGCCCAACAACUUCACGGCCUCGGACGACAGUCGCAGUUACUACAGCUAUCCCAGGAAGAGAUCCACGAGCAACCCCAAAACCUGCAGCCUUGCGGAGUUGGACGCACGCGGCGGUAAAAGCCUCAGCCUGCGGAGCGUGUCUCGGAGUCGCUCCUGCGCCAAAUCUUCCAGUUACAAUUCGGAAAUGUACAAAGACAAAGCCAUGGCGGAAUCAAACACCAAGCAGAGCCUCUCAUGUCCGAUUUUACCCCCAAGAACAGCAAAACCCAACAGAACAUCCGCACAGGACGCCUCCACGACACAAGACCUGAUAAGCUCCGCCUCCGGAGCUCCGGAAUAUCAAUGGCAGCCCCCGCCGAGCUUAGCCGGCCUCUCCAUAGAGGAAGUAUCCAAAUCCCUGCGUUUUAUCGGCCUUCCCGAUGACAUCGUGUCGCUUUUCACUUCCGAGAAAAUCGACGGGAAUUUGCUGAUGCAGCUCACCGAGGAGAUUCUCUCCGAGGAUUUCAAACUCAGCAAACUGCAGGUGAAGAAACUCAUGCAGUUCAUUAACGGAUGGAGACCCAAGAUUUGAUCGCUAAGACCCUCAGUAGAUCCCCCUCAUGUUUGAAUCCCAUGUUAAAAUAUUAAGAAUCAAGUUAUUGAGUUAUUAAGCCACGUUUACAUGGACCUAAAUAUUCCAAUUCCAUUCAAACGGAAUAUAUAAAUCGGAUUCACAGGGGUGGAAUAUUCCUUUCCCCAAUCCAUCCAUCUUCCUCCGCUUAUCCGGGUCCGGGUCAGCAGUCUUAGUAGGGAAGCCCAGACUUCCCGGUCCCCGGCCACCUCCUCCAGCUCCACCGGGAGGACACCAAGGCGUUCCCAGGCCAGCUGUGAGACAUAAUCCCUCCAGCGUGUCCUAGGUCUGCCCCGGGGCCUUUUCCCGGGCUGGGCAUGCCCGGAACACCUCACCAAUCCGAUUGAGGAAUUUUGUACCCGCUCAAACAGACGUUUGUUGUUUAUUAGCGGUUAGCAAGCAGCUUUCGUGUGCAUUAGCGCCAUCUGUGGAACAGAAUCUAAACCCUUCUAUACGCCAUUCACAAGUCCAGUUUUAUUAAAAAAGAAAAUACAUAUCUAUAUAAAACAUGUGAUGAGUUUAAUUAUAAAAUAUUAGCAAAAUUGAACUUUAUCUUUUCCUGUUCCCGGGUGCGUUCUUUUAGGGAAUGCCGAGAUAUGACGUAACACGCAGCUCAAUUAAAAAAAAAAAAAAAAAAAAAAUGGAGGCUGGCAAUUGGCACUGGACUGCUAAGGAAAGUUUGUUUUUGAUUCAAACUAAAUUCCAAGACUGGAUGAAGGAAAAACUGGGAAUACGGAGUUAUUCCAACAAGUUAAAGAAAAACUCAUGUGAUGUUGGUGUUUACGCUUUGACGCUAUUCUGGUUUAUUAUUAUAGCGCCGCAUGUUAGACACGCGAUUGGAAUAUUCCUUUCCAUGUAUACCAUUGCUUUCGGAAAAAUUCCAUUCGGAAAAACAAAAACUCCUCAUGUAAACGUGGCUAAUAAUUGGCGCCAUUAAUCCACUUCCUAUUUAUUAAAACUGAAUGAGCAGGGGACCUACUGUACAUACUACCCCCCCAAAUAUAGACUACUUCCUGGAACACUUCUUCUUGCUCUUUAAAUAUGGGACUGCUAUUUUGUUAUUUGCUAACAAUAUGGAAUCAUUUCGCACUUUUAAAAAAACGACUUUGUUUGUAUUUUGUUGUGUCAUCUUCACAUUGAAGCCGAGUCAAACAGGGAACAAAUUAAAAAGCAAGAUUAUUGUAUUAUUACAUACAAAAAAAGGGCUCCAUUUUUAAUCGUAAAUAAGCGUUCCGGGUGUGUUGCUAUGACGUAACCGGAGGAACCAAAUUAAACCACAAGCACUUAAAUGGGCCUUCGUUAAAACUAAUUUAAUGUAACUCUUCCAUUAAAACUCACGGAAUAAUCAGGAGUAACAUCAGCAUUCCCGUGUUGCUUUUUUUGCUGUUAAAAUCCGACACUCCCGACUGCAAGGAAGAACAAAUGAAGGCAAUUUAAAUAAUAAUUAUGCUCUUCGCUCUAACAAUAAUAAUAAUAAUAAAAUCACCUAAUUUCCCCAAAUCCACCACUGCCAUGAAAACUAAUUGUGCCUUUUAUGUCCAACUAGAAGAGAACAUGCAUCAUGCACUUUUACUGCAGUAAAGCUCAUCACAUGAUCAACUUAGAAAACACACAAAUGCACUACAUGAAGAACACUACUAAUCGCUUCUCAGAUUGUCCCGGAAGGCCUUAAAAAAAUGCUUUGUGCAAGUAUUACAUUUGUAUAAAAUACACACACGGUUUAGUUUGGUGUAUUUUUAAGGAAUAUUAUGGCCACAGCUGAUCAAAAUAGUGAAAUGGCAAUUUAUGAGAAUGAGGUUGGAAUAUUAUAUUUAAAAAAAAAAGUUGCCAGAUUAGUAAUUGUAAUAAGUAAUAUAUUUCCCCCACGAAAAAAUACCUUUAUAAAAAAAUAAAAUAAAAAUGUAGUAAUAUUUUCAAGAAAAAAGAUUUUUUUUAAUAUUACCAUGCAUAUAAAUUUACUUGAAAAUAUCUUGAAAAUAUUACUUGACUCUUAUUUUAUAUAUUUUUAUUUUAACUUAUAUUUCUACUAUGACCAUGCAUAUAGUAAAAUUAAAAUGAAGUAAAAAAAUAUAUAUAAAAUAAGCAAUAAAGCAAUA